GUCAGGAGAUCAAAUAUUAUCUAUCGCGCUGGCUUUCAGAUGUGGAGAAUCAACUGUUCGGAAAAUUAUUCAUGAAACUUGUCCAGUCAUAGUACAAGUGUUGCAACCGAUCUAUCUCCGUUUACCAACCGAAGAAGAAUGGAAAAAUAUUUGCGCUGGUUAUCUAGAAAAUUGGAAUUUCCCUCACUGUGUUGGGUCGUUUGAUGGAAAACAUGUGGUGAUACAAGCUCCUCCAAACUCCGGGAGCUUAUUCUUCAAUUACAAAAAGACAUACAGCAUUGUACUGAUGGCUGCGUGUGACCAUAACUAUAUGUUUACACUAGUCGACGUAGGCUCCUAUGGUGGAAAUAGCGAUGGUGGUAUUUUCACCUCUUCUGACAUUCAUUCAGCACUGGAAGAGGAAACCUUGAACCUUCCCAAAGGAACUGCAAAUCUUCCUGGAAGUAACGUUAAAUUACCAUGCUUUUUUCUUGGGGACAGUGGUUUCCCAAUUAGCACUACCAUGAUGCGACCUUAUUCCGGAAAACUACUUGAUGAAAGAAAAAAAAUCUUUAAUUACAGAUUAUCUAGAGCAAGGCGCACGAUCGAAAAUACUUUUGGUAUUUUAUCUUCACGGUGGAGGAUCUAUCGGAAGCCUAUUACAAUGAAUCCAAAAUAUGUUGAUAGCAUUAUCAUGGCGACUGUAUGUCUGCAUAAUUUUAUAAAGUCUGAAGAAGAUCGUGUGCAAAUGAAUGAUAGAAUAUAUUGUCCUCCAAAUUUUGUGGACUCAGAGGAUACUGCAGGCAACAUCAUCCCUGGGGAAUGGCGACGAUAUACUGAUAACGCACUCACAAACAUACCAGCCACUUCAGCGCAUCAUGCAACUACAAUUGCAUAUAAACAAAGAGAAAAGUUAGCCGAUUAUUUUUUGUCUCCCCUUGGUGAAGUUCCUUGGCAAUACGAGUAUGUCCAAAGAGGGCAGCAUUGCGAUAAUUUCUAAUAUAAGCAUUAAUAUACGUCUACAUUUGACAGAGCUAUAACUUUCUUUUAUUAAAAAAGGUUACAAUAAAAACAAAAAGUGAUCUAUAUUUCAACAAAAUAAUCAACUGAGAACUAAAAAGAAACUUCAGGCUAAGACUAGCGAGUAACACAGCGUUUUAUUACAACUUGUAUAGUUAAAGUAAUAUGCAUUUAUGUUAUUUUGUAACGCAUUAUGUUGACUAUCUUAUAACAAUUGCAUUGUAUCGUUUAAUACAAAAUAAAAAAUCUGAGAAUCAAGAACAAAAAA